CGGCUUCAUCUGGCGCAUGCGCAGUGUCAUCUUAAUGUUUGAAGCCGCACAAUGGGCGGAGAUCUCUGCUGUUUCCUUCGAAAAUUCAACUGAAGAUCAACCAACGGGAAACGGAGCCCAUAUAGAUGGUUUAAUAGCGAUAUGCCAGGACCUGAGACGUGGAACUGGACUUCAUUACGAUGAUGGACUGGCCGUUUGACACCGUUUCCUUGCAGGAGGUUUUGCACCGCCAGUGUUUGAUCUGUCGAUUAUAAUAUCAACACAUGUUGCACCUGGAUUCGUUCUUCCAGCGGCCUCUUGGAUUCUGUCUUUGGAUUAUCAAGCUCACAGGUUGUUUUCAGGCCAGUGUUUGUGUGUUUAUGUGUUGUUCUGAGUCAUGGAGCCCAACAUGGAGUACAUAGUGGCCCAGGUCACGCAGAAAGAGGUUGGACGUCGCUUCCAAGUUGGACCCGAAAUCAUAGACUACAUCCUGGACAGACAGAAGUCACAUGACUUGGAACACGAUCAGACCAUGCUGGACAGGAUGGUGGACAGUCUGGCAACCUCAUGGGUCAACGCAAGUAAUUUCAAGGUGGCGCUGCUGGGAAUGGACAUAGUGUCCGCUCUAGUGACCAGACUACAGGAACGCUUCAAAACACAGAUAGGAACAGUUCUGCCCAGUUUAAUCGAUCGUUUGGGCGAUUCUAAGGACCAGGUUCGGGAUCAAGCACAGUCGCUCCUGUUAAAAAUCAUGGACCAAGCGGCCAAUCCGCAGUAUGUUUGGGACCGAAUGCUGGGCGGCUUCCGUCAUAAAAACAGCAGGACCAGAGAAGCUGUUUGCUUUUGCCUUAUCUCUACUCUUAAUGUAUAUGGAGCCCACGGAUUAACCCUCAGCAAGAUUGUUCCUCAUAUUUGUCAUUUGUUGGGAGACCCCACCAGUCAGGUUCGAGACGGUGCGAUGAACUGCCUGGUGGAGAUUUACAGACACGUGGGGGAGAGAGUGAGGAUGGAUCUGGGGAAAAAGGGACUGCCGCAAUCACGGUUGAAUGUGAUUUUCAGCAGGUUUGAUGAUGUCCAGAGGUCUGGGAACAUGAUCCUGUCCGCAGAUAAGAACAUCGACGAUGACGAGUCCGUGGACGGAGGACGUUCCUCGUCGUCCUCUAAAGGAGUGUCGUCGGUGCGGCGGACGGGAUCCCUGCGCAGGCCGUCCAGCGCCAAGAGCUCAGGUAAAGAGAGCUCUGGUGCCGGAGCUGUCGAUGAAGAAGACUUCAUCCGUGCCUUCGAAGAUGUGCCGACCGUACAGAUCUACUCGGCUCGAGAGCUCGAGGACUCCAUGAACAAGAUCCGAGAAGUUCUCUCCAAUGACAAACAUGAUUGGGAACAGCGAGUGGCUGCAUUAAAGAAGGUGCGUUCCCUGCUAUUGGCCGGCGCGAGCGACUACGACGGCUUUUCCCAGCAGCUUCGGCAGCUGGAGGGGGCGCUCAAACUGUCGGCUAAAGAUCUGCGCUCGCAGGUGGUGCGGGAGGCCUGUAUCACGCUCGGGCACCUGUCGUCUGUGUUGGGGAAUAAAUUUGAUCACGGAGCCGAGAACAUCAUGCCGACGUUACUCAACCUCGUCCCCAACAGCGCUAAAGUUAUGGCCACGUCUGGAAUGGCGGCGAUCCGUCUCAUUAUACGACACACACACUAUCCACGUCUGAUUCCCAUCAUGACCAGCAACUGCACGUCUAAAUCUGUGGCCGUCAGACGACGCUGUUAUGAGUUUUUAGAUCUUCUGCUUCAAGAAUGGCAGACGAAUUCUCUAGAGAGGAACAUCGCUGUCCUGAUGGAAACCAUUAAGAAAGGAGUUCAUGAUGCCGACUCUGAGGCCAGAUCGGUAGCUAGAAAAUGUUACUGGGGAUUUCACGCCCACUUCAGUAAGGAGGCGGAGCAUCUGUUUCAGGCGCUGGAACUGACCUAUCAGAAAGCGCUACAGUCUCACCUGAAGAGCUCGGACAGCAUCAUGUCACUGCCGCAGUCCGACCGCUCGUCCUCCAGCUCGCAAGAGAGUCUGAAUCGGCCGCUUUCUGCUAAAACACCUGUCGGGAGCAACCUGAGCAGAACUAAAGUCGUGAGUUCUCGUGGGUCUUCUUCGUCCGGUUCACUCCAGCGAUCGCGCAGUGAUGUCGAUGUGAACGCUGCAGCCAGUGCCAAAUCACGAAUGCCCGCUGUACCCACUGCUGCCCCCUUCAGCUCUGCCACGGCGCUGCCGCCCGGUUCCUACGCCUCACUGGAUGCCGCUGGUAAUGUAGAGGGUCGUGUGCGAACAAGGCGGCAGAGUUCAGAGACGGCUGCUGGGGGCGGAGCUUCUGUGACUGACAGCAGGGGGAGGAGCCGAGCCAAAGUUGUGUCCCAAUCACAACGAUCCAGAUCUGCUAAUCCAGUGGGGGGUAAAACUCACGCGGGCAGCCGCUCCAGUUCACCUGGGAAGCUCUUGGGUCAUUCUUAUGGGAGAAUCCCUCGAGCCACUGGAACACCGUCGGACAAGCGCAGUAAGAUCCCGCGGAGUCAAGGCUGCAGUCGGGAGACGAGCCCCAGCCGCGGCCGAGAGGUGCGGGGCAGUCGUAUCCCGAGGCCCAGCAUGAGUCAGGGCUGUAGUCGGGACACCAGUCGGGAGAGCAGUCGAGACACCAGCCCGGCUCGAGGGUUCAGUCCGCUGGCAUCCCACAGACACUCUCGUUCCACCAGCGCGCUGACGGCGGGUGACGUCCUGCUGACAGAUCGUUUCGGUCUCAUCCAUCAGGCCCGUAUCUCAGCGUCGGUGAACGCCAUGCGGAUCUUGAACACGGGCACAGAGGUGGAGGCGGCCGUGGCAGAUGCUCUGCUUUUAGGAGACUCCAGGAAUAAGCAGAGGCCCAUGCGGCGGCGAUACGAAUCUCCAGGCAUGUACUCCGACGACGAUGCGAACAGCGACGCGUCCAGCGCGUGCUCCGAACGCUCCUUCAGCUCGCGGAACGGCGGCAUGCCGCAUUACCUGCGUCAGACGGAGGACGUGGCGGAGAUCCUGAACCACUGCGCCAGCUCCAACUGGUCCGAGAGGAAAGAGGGGCUGCUGGGACUCCAGAACCUCCUGAAGAGCCAGAGAGUCCUCAGUCGUGUGGAGCUGAAGAGACUGUGUGAGAUCUUCACCAGGAUGUUUGCAGAUCCUCACAGCAAGAGAGUGUUCAGCAUGUUCCUCGAGACGUUGGUGGACUUCAUCACGUUACACCGAGAGGAGCUUCAGGAUUGGCUGUUUAUUUUGCUCACGCAGCUGCUGAAGAAAAUGGGGGCCGAUCUUCUGGGGUCCGUCCAGGCCAAAGUUCAGCGGGCUCUAGACGUCACCAGGGAUUCGUUUCCGUACGAUCAGCAGUUCAACAUCCUGAUGCGGUUUAUUGUUGAUCAGACGCAGACUCCAAACCUCAAGGUGAAGGUGGCCAUCCUGAAGUACAUCGAGUCUUUGGCCAGACAAAUGGACCCGUCAGACUUCGUGAACUCCAGCGAGACCCGGCUGGCCGUCUCUCGGAUCAUCACGUGGACCACAGAACCGAAGAGCUCGGACGUCAGGAAGGUCAGUGUGUUUCUGAAGCCUCGCGGAUGGGGUUCGGAUGAGACGUUGAAGUUUGGUUUGUCAGUGAGUUGUGAUGUGUCUCAGACGCUUCAUAGCUGGGCGAACGAGGAGGCGUCAGGCAGGAGCUCGACCGUGGCCUCCCUGCCGGGGGAAAGUAACCUGGAGGAGAGAUGUAAGCAGGCGGCUCAGAUGGUUUUGAUCGCUCUGUUUGAGCUCAACACCCCAGAGUUCACCAUGCUGUUAGGCGCUCUGCCCAAAACCUUCCAGGACGGAGCCACUAAACUCCUGCACCACCAUCUGAAGAACAACAGUAACGCCGCCGCAGUGUCUCAGGCGUCUCCCAGCAGCCCCGCGGGACGCGCCCCUCCCAGACACCCUGUGACCCGCACCAGCCCGCUGUCACCCACCAACUGCUCACACGGAGGACUUUCUCCCAGCCGUUUGUGGGGCUGGAGCUCAAAGGCUUCUUCUCCUCUCAUUCCCCCCCACCCCGGCCCCGCCACACCCCCUCUCCGGGCUCAUCGGCGGGCGUAUUCGCCCAGUAUGCUGGAGUACGACACUGAGAACAUGAACUCUGAGGAGAUCUUCAGCUCUUUGAGAGGCGUAACCGAAGCCAUCCAGAGCUUCAGUUUCCGCAGUCAGGAAGAAAUCCUCGAGCCCAUCAAACGUGACGGCAAGAGGGAAGAUACGACCGGCGUGGCGUCGUCGGGUGUGGAUCCUCGUCUGUCCACAGGUGUGAUGGAGGGAGGCCGGACGGCGCUGGACAACAAGACGUCCUUAUUAAACACACCGUCCUCUCGAUCGUUCAGCGGGCCGUGGACACGCGAGUACAACCCCUACAACUACAGCGACAUCAGCGCCUACGAGAAGGGAGCGUUAGCCGUGUUUGACGAUGCGGAGCAGAUCCGAGACGGUCGUCAACAGGACGGCGGAGAAAACAAAAUCAUGCAUCCCAAAGGCUUUUCUGCAGGACCCGGACAGCACCUGGAGAUGGUUGGCAACCUGCUGAAGGAGCUGUCCAAUCACAGCGAGCGUGUGGAGGAGAGGCGGGCCGCUCUGCUGGAGCUGCUGAAGGUCACGCGUGACGACAGUCUGGCCGUGUGGGAGGAGCAUUUUAAAACCAUGCUGCUGCUGCUGCUGGAGACGCUGGGAGAUAAAGAUCACACCAUCCGAGCGCUGGCGCUGCGCGUCCUGAAGGAGAUCAUGCGCAGUCAGCCGGCGCGCUUCAAGAACUACGCAGAGCUGACCAUCAUGAAGACGCUGGAGGCCCAUAAAGACUGUCACAAAGAGGUCGUGCGGGCCGCAGAAGAGACGGCCUCCACGCUGGCCGGAUCAAUCCACUCCGAGCAGUGCAUCAAAGUUCUGUGUCCCAUCAUCCAGACGGCCGACUAUCCCAUCAACCUCGCCGCCAUUAAAAUGCAGACCAAAGUUAUCGAGCGGAUUCCCCAGGAUUCCCUGGUUCAGCUUCUGCCCGACAUUAUCCCAGGACUGCUACAGGGUUAUGAUAACACAGAGAGCAGCGUACGCAAGGCCAGUGUUUUUUGUUUGGUGGCCAUUUAUUCUGUCAUCGGUGAAGAUCUGAAGCCUCAUCUACAGCAGCUGACCGGCAGCAAGAUGAAGUUACUGAAUCUGUACAUCAAACGAGCUCAAACCACCAACAGCAACAGCAGCAGUUCUUCAGACGUCUCGUCUCACAGCUGAACGUCCUUAAACUCUCUCGAAAGACUUUGCACAUUCGGUCCAUCGUGCGAGUAGAUCUGGUUUAGGUGCACAUUUGCUUUAUUAAAGGGCACAUGAUUCAUUUAACAGGUGCAACCACUUACACGACUUUAACCGCAGCCCGUGGGGGUUCGUGAUUGGUUGCGUUUGUGCUUGAACGAACAUCUGCUAGUGUGUGUGUGUGUGUGUGUGUGUGUGUGCAGCAGUUGAGCCUUUGUGUGCGAGAGAACUGUUGCGAGGGCUUUUAUUCUCUAAUGCUUUAUUACUUUUACCGUUAUGUUAUUGCAGUGGCGUUUAACUUCCUCACAUUCAAAGCACACGUAAAGUUCUCUCCAGUCGGCCAAUCAGGAGUCGUGUUACAUACCUCCAGCUUCACCAGAGACGUCCAUCUUUUAACGCUGCUGCUGCCGCCUCGAGUUCUCUCUUACGCUCUUUUAGUGACGAGUGUCAUUUUUUUGGGCAUCUGAAAAUAUGCAAGAACAGAGAUUGUAUUUGUACUGUAUUUGUUUCAUGUGUGGCCAACAGGUGAAGAGGUUUUGCUCAAAGAUGAAUAUUAGAGCAAAUUUAGUUUGAAAUCUCUCAUUCCAGUCCAGUGAUCUUAAAAAAACCUGUUAGCAUGAAGUUAUUUUAGGAGGACCAUGAUUAUUUCAACACUAACAGGGAGAUUUAUGUCUCCUUUUGUGAUUUAAGGACCACACCGAUAUUGAUUUUCUUUUCUUUUUUUAAACAAAACAUACAAUUGGAGCUUUUAGAUAGGAACAAUUACCAGAAAGUAUUAGAAUGAUCAAAUCAGAUGAUCCAAAACAAAACUGAAUCAAGUUUUUGGCCUUUUAAAACGAAAUCAUCCACUUAUAAACACUAAAUCUGUAGCAGGAUUCUGAUUUCAAACAAUGUAUAAGAAUAUAUAUGUGGAAUUCUAAAGUUUUAGAGCAAUAAUUUCAACUAAAAAAUGAUCCAAAUUGGAUUUUUAUUAGUCAAAUUGUGGUUUAAACCCAGUUUUCUGGUUGCGGUUUGUGCCUGUUCGGCCGUUUAAAGUGCUCUGCUAGUCUUUUUGUAAACUAGUUUAAAUCUUGGUGCUUAAAUGAAUCACUCUGUGCUUUUGCUGAACGUUUAACUUUAGAUUCCAUUCGUUUUUCCUUUUUUUCUGGUUUGAAUUUAAGCGCCUUACCAUGGAAAGAAAGUCACAUUGUCAUCCGCUCUUGUUAGAAAUCCCAAAGAACAUUCCACACAAAAAACUGGUGAUUUUGUGGAGUGAAUCAUCUAUAAUCCUUCUAGUAUUUGUUAGAAUUUAUUAAUUUAGUAUGAAAAAAAUAAACAAUGAAGAUAAUAUAUUUUAGGGUACGUUUACUCGUCAACAAUGUACUAAAAAUGGAAACGUUUUUCCUUUUGUGUUUUUUGCGUACAGACGACAACAUAUAUCCGCGAAAACAACUAAAACACUAUAUUCUGCUAUCAGGCCAGUAGAUGGCGAUGUUACUUUGUAAACAAACACUGCGCACCUAUAGACAAAUAACACAAAUUCACGUUUUUAUCUUAUAGUUUGCAUAGAGACGAUAACCGUAUCUUUUUCAAAAAUUUGCAGUUUGAAACCCGUUUUCAUAAGUUAGCAUUUUUAGGCCGCCAAAAUUCUGUUGUCAUGUAAAUGAACGACCAAAAACACAGUGAAAAAGUUUUCCGUUUUUAGUCGAAAACGGUGUUGUGUAAAUGACCCCUUAAAUUUUAAACGUUUAUUGUUAAGGUGCUGUUUAUGGAACGCUGUUUUCAACUAAAACUUUUUAAUGCGUUUUGGCCGUUCAUUUACAUGGCAACGGCAUUUUGUGGGCCUGAAAAUGCAAACUUUUAAAAAACCCGCAACUGUGACGUCUGUAGGUGCAUGAUGUUUCUUUACAAAGUGACAUCGGCAUCUAAAAAUGUAAACAUUUUUCCUUUGCGUUUUUGGUGUACAGGCGACAAUAUAUAUCCGCAAAAACAACUAAAACACUGUAUUCUGCUGUCAAGCCAGUAGAUGGCGAUGUUACUUUGUAAACAAACACCACGCGCCUAUAGAAUGAACACGUAACACACACACUCAUGACGGCACCGUUUUUACGUUUCACGUUUUUAGUUUGUAGUUUACACAGGUAUCAUUUUCAAAAAUUUGCAGUUUGAAUCCUGUUUUCAAAAGUUUACAUUUUCAGGCCGCCAAAACCCCGUUGUCGUGUAAAUGAAGGGCCAAAAAUGCUUAAGUCAAUGUUUAGUUGAAAUCGGUGUUGUGUAAAUUACCCCUUAAAUUUUAAACGUUUUUUCCUAAGCGGCCGUUUACGAAACUCCGUUUUUUUUAACUACAAAUGGAAAAAAAUGUAUGCGUUUUUGCAGGCCUGAAAACGCAAACUUUUAAAAAACUGUAGUGUUCAGUCUAUAGGCGUGUAGUGUUUCUUUACAAAGUGACAUCACCAUCUAAAAAUGGAAACGUUUUCCUUUUGCAUUUUUCGUGUACAGACGACAACAUAUAUCUGUGAAAACAACUAAAAUCGCCGUAUUCUGCUGUCAGGCCAGUAGAUGGCGAUGUUACUUUGUAAACAAACACUACGUGCCUAUAGACUGAACACGCAUGCACGUCACGUUUUCACAAAUACGUGUUUUUAUUUUACAGUUUACACAGAGACAAUAACCAGUAUCAUUUUCAAAAAUUUGCAGUUUGAAACUCGUUUUCAAAAGUUAGCAUUUUCAGGCCGCCAAAACGUCGUUGACCUUUAAAUAAGCUCCAAAAAUGCUUAAAAACUUUGAUGUUUUUAGUUGAAAAUGGUGUUGUGUAAAUGACCAUUUAAAUUUUAAACAUUUAUUCCUAAGGGGCCGUUUACGCAACACCAUUUUCUAAACUAAAAAUGGAAAAACUUUUUAAUGCGUUUUGGCCCGUCAUUUACACGACAACUGCGUUUUUGCAUUCCUGAAAACAUAAACUUAUGAAAAUGCAAAACUGUGACAUCAUGCGCAUGCAUAUUACGUGUUCAGUCUAUAGGUGUGUAGCGUUUCUUUACAAAGUGACAUCAGCAUCUAAAAAUGGAAACAUUUUCCCUUUGCAUUUUUCGUGUACAAACGACAACAUAUAUCUGCGAAAACAACUAAACCGCCGUAUUCUGCUGUCAGGCCAGUAGAUGGCGAUGUUACUUUGUAAACAAACACUACGUGCCUAUAGACUGAACACGCAUGCGCUUGACGGCACCGUUUUCACAAAUACGUGUUUUUAUUUUACAGUUUACACAGAGACAAUAACCAGUAUCAUUUUCAAAAAUUUGCAGUUUGAAACUCGUUUUCAAAAGUUUGCGUUUUCAGGCCGCCAAAAUGGCGUUGACCUUUAAAUAAGCGCAAAAAACGCUUAAAAACUUUGAUGUUUUUAGUUGAAAAUGGUGUUGUGUAAAUGACCAUUUAAAUUUUAAACAUUUAUUCCUAAGGGGCCGUUUACGCAACACCAUUUUCAACUAAAAACGGAAAAACUUUUUAAUGCGUUUUAGCCGUUCAUUUACACGACAACGGCGUUUUUGCAUUCCUGAAAACAUAAACUUAUGAAAAUGCAAAACUGUGACAUCAUGCGCAUGCAUAUUACGUGUUCAGUCUAUAGGCGUGUAGUGUUUCUUUACAAAGUGACAUCACCAUCUAAAAAUGGAAACAUUUUCCCUUUGCAUUUUUCGUGUACAAACGACAACAUAUAUCUGCGAAAACAACUAAACCGCCGUAUUCUGCUGUCAGGCCAGUAGAUGGCGAUGUUACUUUGUAAACAAACACUACGUGCCUAUAGACUGAACACGCAUGCGCUUGACGGCACCGUUUUCACAAAUACGUGUUUUUAUUUUACAGUUUACACAGAGACAAUAACCAGUAUCAUUUUCAAAAAUUUGCAGUUUGAAACUCGUUUUCAAAAGUUUGCAUUUUCAGGCCGCCAAAACGUCGUUGACCUUUAAAUAAGCUCCAAAAAUGCUUAAAAACUUUGAUGUUUUUAGUUGAAAAUGGUGUUGUGUAAAUGACCAUUUAAAUUUUAAACAUUUAUUCCUAAGGGGCCGUUUACGCAACACCAUUUUCUAAACUAAAAAUGGAAAAACUUUUAAUGCGUUUUGGCCCGUCAUUUACACGACAACGGCGUUUUUGCAUUCCUGAAAACAUAAACUUAUGAAAAUGCAAAACUGUGACAUCAUGCGCAUGCAUAUUACGUGUUCAGUCAAUAGGUGUGUAGCGUUUCUUUACAAAGUGACAUCAGCAUCUAAAAAUGGAAACAUUUUCCCUUUGCAUUUUUCGUGUACAGACGACAACAUAUAUCUGCGAAAACAACUAAAAUCGCCGUAUUCUGCUGUCAGGCCAGUAGAUGGCGAUGUUACUUUGUAAACAAACACUACGUGCCUAUAGACUGAACACGCAUGCGCUUGACGGCACCGUUUUCACAAAUACGUGUUUUUAUUUUACAGUUUACACAGAGACAAUAACCAGUAUCAUUUUCAAUAAUUAGCAGUUUGAAACUCGUUUUCAAAAGUUUGUGUUUUCAGGCUGCCAAAAUGGCGUUGACCUUUAAAUAAGCGCAAAAAACGCUUAAAAACUUUGAUGUUUUUAGUUGAAAAUGGUGUUGUGUAAAUGACCAUUUAAAUUUUAAACAUUUAUUCCUAAGGGGCCGUUUACGCAACACCAUUUUCAACUAAAAACGGAAAAACUUUUUAAUGCGUUUUAGCCGUUCAUUUACACGACAACGGCGUUUUUGCAUUCCUGAAAACAUAAACUUAUGAAAAUGCAAAACUGUGACAUCAUGCGCAUGCAUAUUACGUGUUCAGUCUAUAGGUGUGUAGUGUUUCUUUACAAAGUGACAUCACCAUCUAAAAAUGGAAACAUUUUCCCUUUGCAUUUUUCGUGUACAGACGACAACAUAUAUCUGCGAAAACAACUAAAAUCGCCGUAUUCUGCUGUCAGGCCAGUAGAUGGCGAUGUUACUUUGUAAACAAACACUACGUGCCUAUAGACUGAACACGCAUGCGCUUGACGGCACCGUUUUCACAAAUACGUGUUUUUAUUUUACAGUUUACACAGAGACAAUAACCAGUAUCAUUUUCAAUAAUUAGCAGUUUGAAACUCGUUUUCAAAAGUUUGUGUUUUCAGGCUGCCAAAAUGGCGUUGACCUUUAAAUAAGCGCAAAAAACGCUUAAAAACUUUGAUGUUUUUAGUUGAAAAUGGUGUUGUGUAAAUGACCAUUUAAAUUUUAAACAUUUAUUCCUAAGGGGCCGUUUACGCAACACCAUUUUCAACUAAAAACGGAAAAACUUUUUAAUGCGUUUUAGCCGUUCAUUUACACGACAACGGCGUUUUUGCAUUCCUGAAAACAUAAACUUAUGAAAAUGCAAAACUGUGACAUCAUGCGCAUGCAUAUUACGUGUUCAGUCAAUAGGUGUGUAGCGUUUCUUUACAAAGUGACAUCAGCAUCUAAAAAUGGAAACAUUUUCCCUUUGCAUUUUUCGUGUACAGACGACAACAUAUAUCUGUGAAAACAACUAAAAUCGCCGUAUUCUGCUGUCAGGCCAGUAGAUGGCGAUGUUACUUUGUAAACAAACACUACGUGCCUAUAGACUGAACACGCAUGCGUGUGACGUUACCGUUUUCACAAAUACGUGUUUUUAUUUUACAGUUUACACAGAGACAAUAACCAGUAUCAUUUUCAAAAAUUUGCAGUUUGAAACUCGUUUUCAAAAGUUUGCGUUUUCAGGCCGCCAGAACGCCGUUGACCUGUAAAUAAGCGCCAAAAACGCUUAAAAACUUUGAUGUUUUUAGUUGAAAAUGGUGUUGUGUAAAUGACCAUUUAAAUUUUAAACAUUUAUUCCUAAGGGGCCGUUUACGCAACACCAUUUUCAACUAAAAACGGAAAAACUUUUUAAUGCGUUUUAGCCGUUCAUUUACACGACAACUGCGUUUUUGCAUUCCUGAAAACAUAAACUUAUGAAAAUGCAAAACUGUGACAUCAUGCGCAUGCAUAUUACGCGUUCAGUCUAUAGGCGUGUAGCGUUUCUUUACAAAGUGACAUCGCCAUCUACUGGCCAGGCAGCAGAAUACAGUGAAUUUAGUCUUUUUCGUGGAUCCCUGUGAACGGGGAUCAUUUUGACCGCUGUCGUCUGACAUGAAAAAAGGCAAAGGAAAAACUUUAUCGUUUCUAGUACAUCGUUGUCGUUUAACCGACCGUCAGUAACAAGAUUUCUCUGCAUGCAGGCAAUCAAUACACAAGAGCUGAAGAACUGAUUCCCUCGUACUGUUCACUUCAUUAAUGCUGGUAAGAGAAUCAAAUAUUCAGAUUGUAAAUAGUUUAUAGUGAACUACAUACGGACCUGCUAGAAUCUUUAAUUCAGUAUGAUAAGCAACUCAAAGAUCUUACCGAGUAAAUCGCCAACUCUGACGUUCCUGCUUUACUAGUGAACUGUGGAUAAACUCAUUUUCUGAAGGGAAGAUCCAGAGAUUUGCAUUUAAACGCUUUGCUGAUGCCAGUAGAUUCAGACAUAGAGCUUCACAUGCUGCGCAUGCCUUCCGUUUAGAUGCUCAUGUUUAAUAUCCACGUCUGUAUUUAUUUUACACGUUGUGCUUUAUGGCAGCUGUAUAUAUAUAUAUGAACUGUUUUUGUUAACUUUCACCUGUGUAGAAUUUGCAAUCUGUAAACUAUUUGCUCUAGAUAAACGAAACCUGAGUUUUCCAA